GGGAAACAAACGGCUUGGACUGGCCCGUGAAGCCUCGGGGGUGGGAGGGGGUGACCGGUGUGGCGGGUGAGUUUGGCUUCGGAGGCUUGACUUGUGUCCAUCGCCAGGAUCACCCCGGGCGCCCCACCAUUGCGACAUGGCCUCUGGAAGCGCCCCCGUGGCAGGGCGCUGGGGCCAGCUCAGUUGGCUGAUGAUUGGCAUGUCUCUUUUCCUGCUGCUCCUCGGCGGUGCAUAUCUCAUGACAUCACCGCCCAACUUUAUGCUGUCCUCUCAAAGAAGAGCGGCGCAAAGGCUCUCGCGAGACUUGAACAUCAGCUGGACAAGGCCCCGAACCUCCAUCAGAGGAUGCCCCUUGUUGCCUCACGCCAUUUGCACCGAGGUGGCCGAAAACUUCUCCGUCAUUGUCCAAAGCCUGACACGACAAGAACUCUACUGUCCUGCCGAAGUCAUCCUGGUCAUUGCCGGUGUGAGCACCUCUGAACAAGCCAAACUGAUUCAUGAAUGUUUCAAGCAUGUCUUCCGUGCUAGCCGCAUCCCAUCCAAACUGGAGGUAGUCUUACGCCAGGGCAGGUUCUAUGCCGGUGCCAACCGAAACACCGGCGUAGACCACGCCACCCGGCGCUACGUGGUCUUGGCUGACGACGAUGACGCC